AUGGCGGCAGAAACGGCAUCUAGCCCGAUUGUUCGGCUCCUACUCGAUCAUGGGGCGGACCUCAAUCCACGGCCUGGGCAAAAAUGGUCUCUUUUAUUCGGUGCUGUCAGGGAAAACAGUGCAGAUGUUGUGAAGCUUCUCUUAGACAUGGGAUGCAAUCCACAUGACCGAGACCAUCGCAUGAAAACACCUUUAUUCUGGGCAGCAUUUCGUGGAGACCAUCAGAAGGUCGAACAUUUAAUGUAUCACGGCGCCGAUAUUAAUGCUCGCGAUGAGCACCUAGAGACCCCGCUGAUGUCGGCUGCUGGUGAGGGAACGGUUUCAACUGUCGAAUUCAUGCUUCAUCAAGGCUCAAAUGUAGCCGAUGAAGACAUUGCAGGAAAUACAGCGCUUUUUCACGCCGCUAAGGGGGGCCACAAGGAGGUGGUCUUGCUCCUGUUGGAGAACGGGGCAAAUAUUCAUCACAGAAAUGUCGUCUUGGAUACCCCUCUGUUUUGGGCUGCCGCGGCAGGGCAAGCCGCGGUGGCGGAAAUUCUUCUCACGCACGGUGCUGAGGCAGAUUUACGUAACAUGUUUCUUGAAACGCCGUUCCUUUAUGCAACUAGUGAGGCGCAUACUGGGCAAGAGGAAUACACCAUGACAGUUGAACUUUUGGUUGAACGCGGAGCCGACGUUGAUCCUAUUUGUCGUGACACAGGUGUGUUGGGCGCGUACGAUGUCCUGGUGCUUAUCGAGUCAAAAUCUGCCACUUUCCUCGAUUCAAUGGUAGACUUGGAGAGAGAAAGUAUUGUUAGGAAGUACUGGGGAUGUCAGACUCAGUCAUUUGACCGCCCACAAUUGCUGGCGUUCUUGCGUCAGUUAACUCUGUCAGCAACCGCAACAGGGAGCCAGGAGUCGCUAUUUCGGAAACCCCAUACACUAGCAAGGAGGCGAAAGUGGCAAGUUGGGAAGGCCACUCCACUCAUAUGGGCUACCGACAGACGAUGCAAAGAACUUGUUAGCAUGUUCUUGAGACGGGAUGUGAGAGUUGAUAUCAGAGACGAGGGAGGAAGAACAGCUUUGAUGAAUGCGGUGAAGCUAGGAGACACACAAAUGAUCAGCCUUUUCUUGACACCAGGAUUAAAAGGACAGCCUACCCAUGUGGAAUUUGAGCAGCUCAUUCAGUUGGCGGCCCGCAAUGGUCACAGUGCUGCGAUCCGACUAUUACUAUCCAAAACAACAAUUGAUGAUACGGUAGGAAGUUCGGCGUUAUUAUCGUCAGCGAGAUGUGGAAACAGAGAAGCCGUUCGACUACUACUAGACAAGGGUUAUGCGGCCGAUACUCAAGACAAAGAUGGUCAGAAUGCUUUUCAUCAUUCUGCAAUUGACGGGUCCCAAGAAAUCGUCAAUAUGUUGAUCGAGGCUAACGCGCCAUCCUUUGAUGCGAAAGACAACCAUGGGCGGACGCCCUUAUUUUGGGCAGUGCAAAACCAGCAUCUAUCAGUUGCCGUGGCUCUGCUCCGGGCUGGGGCGGAUCCUAACGCUAUGGAACAAGGAGGCUCGUCUCCGAUUCUGUUUGAGGGCCUGGAUCCUACUACUCCGAAAAUUCCCCCUUUCCCCAAAUCCCGUGACGCGAGAGACCUUAUGAGAAAACGCGAAGCUCUCAUGAAUCGUGCUGAGCCUGGUGGUCAAACACCUCUGUUCUCUGCAGCUGGAAGUGGGCACCACAGCAUUACCAAAAUAUUGCUUGAUCACGGAGCAAACCCAAAUGUCAAAAACAAGUAUGGGGAGACUGCCUUGUGUUGGGCUGCAGGUCUAAGGUGUGAGAUAACUGUGAGACUUCUGUUGGAUAGAGGGGCCUUCCCAGGCCCUGUGGGUAAUUCAACCCAGGCCCCCCUACUUUGGGCAGUUGGAUCUCAAGGCCACGGAUUUAUUGACGCGAGGAUUUGGAGAGAGCUAACAUGGAAUCCAUUUGGGCACUCACCCAGUGAUCCCGAUGUCAUUGUGAGAAUAUUGCUAAAACACGGCGCUAAUCCAAAUUUUCAUACUCGGGGUGUUGAGCCGAUUCUUUCAGCAGCUCUUUCCACAGGAAACAAAUCAUUGAUACGGCGUCUCGUGAAAGUCGGUUGUGACCCAAAUCUACAAUCUGAGGAUGGAGAAACCCCGCUCUAUCGUGCCGCAGCGAUGGGCCUAGAAGACCUUGUACAGUUCCUCUGUGCGCAUGGUGCGAACCCGAAUCUGGCGAAUAGAUUUGGGCGAACUCCGCUGAUGGUGGCUACCGUGCGAGGCCACUGGACGUGUGUCCUCGAGUUGCUUGCAGUGGGAACAGUGAAUAAAGAUGCGACUGAUGUUUUUGGCCGCAGCGCGUCAUCCGAGGCUCGAUUAAGAGGAGCACCACUGGUCAAAAAUGUCCUACUGGAUGGCUACGAUAAUUUGAAGACCUUGAAAACUUUGGAUGUUCAACAAACUAUACCCAAGCUCAGAGAGCGCUAUGGUCUUACACUUGGAGAGCCUUCGAUACAUACACGCGGGACAUGUGAUGCUUGCGAUAUUGAGACCCACAAAGCCGACACAUGCGACAUCUGUGCGGAUGGUAACCGUAACUUCUGUCAAGAAUGUCAUGAGGCUGUUCAUGCAUUCGAGCAGCAGGAAUCGUCGAACCCCAUCAUUUAA